AUGGCUGCCGCGCGCCGGAUUUCAAGGAACGCAAAGAGUGCUGAUGUCUCCGUCUCCCUAGGGCAGCUCGGAAGAGUAGCAGUCAUUGGCGGGAGCCGGGACUAUACCGGCGCACCGUACUUCUCCGCCAUGGCGAGCGCUAGAUUGGGCUGUGACAUGUCUCAUGUUGUCUGCACCCCAGAAGCGGCAGCCGUCAUCAAGACGUACUCUCCCAACCUGAUGGUCCAUCCGCUUAUGCGCCAAUCUCCCGAUGACGAGGCGCCCGAGCCGGACCCCGACACAGUGUCCGCCGGCAUCAUCGAAAUGCUGCCCCGUCUGCACGUCCUCGUUGUCGGACCGGGACUAGGCCGCGACCCCCUCAUGCAUGACACAGUAUCCCGUGUAGUCCGGGCCGCCAAGGAGAAGGAAAUCCCCGUCGUAAUGGAUGCCGACGCUCUACAAAUCGUCCAGAGGGACCCCGACUUGGUCAAGGGCUACAAGGAGAUCGUGCUCACCCCCAACGUGGUAGAGUUCAAACGCCUGUGGGAUUCGCUAGGUCUCAAGGAUCCCGGCGCCGCCAAGGAGACGGACAAAGUCGAGUCGUUGGCGAGGGCCCUGGAUGGUGUGACCGUUAUCCAAAAGGGACAGAAGGACUUCAUCUCGAACGGCAAGGCCACGCUGGUGAAUGAUCUCGAGGGAGGCAGGAAGCGCAGCGGUGGGCAGGGGGACACGUUGACAGGGUCGGUGGCUACGUUUUUGGCUUGGAGGAAGGCGUAUCUGGACGGGCUGUGGGAUACUGCGGGUUGUGGACUGGGGGAGGAUGAGUUGAUGGGGUUGGCGGCGUUUGGCGGGAGUGCUAUUACGAGAGAGUGCUCUCGUCUCGCUUUUCUCAAGAGAGGCCGAAGUCUGCAGGCCAGCGACCUCACCGACGAGGUCCACGGCGCAUUCAUGGGCCUGUUUGGAGAAGUUGAUGGUGAGGCUGGAGGGUCGAAGCUGUAG